UUUAAUGCAUAUAAUUUUGCAGACCUAGCUAUAUGCUCAUGAAAGGUUCUAUAUAGUAACCUAUGUCUGAGAGGAAUCGAUCGUGCUAAUUUUGGUGUCCCCAUAUUCAAAAUCUUAGCAACAUGGCAAAAUAUUUAGAAAUCUAGAGAAACUUAAGUCAAAAGAUACUCAAACUCUAUAUGAGAGUGCAUUCAGUGACAAUCAGCUCUUAAUAAUUGCACUUAGUGUCAUCAUCAUUAUGAGCAAACAGCAGAGCAAAUGCCUUUCAAUCUCUUUAGGACCUCCAACCAGCCUGUUUCAGCCACCUCGUCGUCCCGGCCUUGGCACUGUUGGAAAACCGAUUCGACUGUUAGCCAAUCAUUUUCAGGUUCAGAUUCCUAAAAUAGAUGUGUAUCACUAUGAUGUGGAUAUUAAACCAGAAAAACGGCCCCGGAGAGUCAACAGGGAGGUAGUAGACACGAUGGUGCGGCACUUCAAGAUGCAGAUAUUUGGGGACCGGCAGCCCGGCUAUGAUGGCAAAAGAAACAUGUACACAGCACACCCACUGCCAAUUGGACGGGAUAGGGUUGAUAUGGAGGUGACCCUUCCAGGUGAGGGUAAAGACCAAACCUUUAAAGUGUCUGUUCAGUGGGUGUCGGUUGUAAGCCUUCAGCUGCUUUUAGAAGCUUUGGCUGGGCACUUGAAUGAAGUCCCAGACGACUCAGUGCAAGCACUUGAUGUUAUUACGAGACACCUUCCCUCUAUGAGGUACACCCCAGUGGGCCGUUCCUUUUUCUCACCCCCCGAAGGUUACUACCACCCUCUGGGAGGGGGCAGGGAGGUUUGGUUUGGCUUUCAUCAGUCUGUGAGACCUGCUAUGUGGAAUAUGAUGCUCAAUAUUGAUGUAUCUGCAACUGCUUUCUACCGGGCUCAGCCUAUCAUUGAGUUCAUGUGUGAGGUUUUAGACAUUCAGAACAUCAAUGAACAGACCAAACCUCUAACAGACUCCCAACGUGUCAAGUUUACCAAAGAAAUCAGAGCUCUGAAAGUUGAGGUGACCCACUGUGGACAGAUGAAACGAAAAUACCGAGUUUGUAAUGUGACUAGACGACCAGCCAGUCAUCAAACUUUUCCUUUGCAGCUAGAAAAUGGUCAAGCUAUGGAAUGUACAGUCGCUCAAUAUUUUAAGCAAAAAUAUAGUCUGCAGUUGAAAUACCCCCAUCUUCCGUGUCUCCAAGUGGGACAAGAACAAAAGCAUACCUACUUGCCACUUGAGGUCUGCAAUAUUGUGGCAGGACAGCGAUGUAUAAAGAAGCUCACAGACAAUCAGACUUCCACGAUGAUCAAAGCCACAGCAAGAUCUGCUCCUGACAGACAGGAAGAAAUCAGUAGACUGGUGAAGAGCAACAGCAUGGUGGGUGGACCUGAUCCAUACCUUAAAGAAUUCGGCAUUGUCGUGCACAAUGAAAUGACGGAGCUCACGGGCAGAGUACUUCCAGCACCAAUGCUGCAAUACGGAGGCCGGAAUAAAACAGUGGCCACACCCAACCAGGGUGUCUGGGACAUGCGAGGAAAGCAGUUUUAUGCCGGCAUUGAAGUUAAAGUUUGGGCAGUUGCUUGUUUUGCACCUCAGAAACAAUGUAGGGAAGAUUUACUAAAGAGUUUCACUGACCAGCUGCGUAAAAUCUCUAAGGAUGCGGGAAUGCCCAUCCAGGGUCAGCCAUGUUUCUGCAAGUACGCACAAGGUGCAGAUAGCGUGGAGCCCAUGUUUAAGCAUCUGAAAAUGACAUAUGUGGGCCUACAGCUAAUAGUGGUUAUCUUGCCUGGAAAGACACCUGUAUAUGCGGAGGUGAAACGUGUUGGAGAUACCCUUCUAGGUAUGGCCACACAGUGUGUCCAGGUAAAAAAUGUAGUGAAGACCUCACCCCAAACCCUUUCCAACCUUUGCCUGAAGAUCAACGCAAAGCUUGGAGGAAUUAACAAUGUGCUCGUACCUCAUCAAAGGCCCUCGGUGUUCCAGCAGCCUGUCAUCUUCCUGGGAGCAGAUGUCACACACCCCCCAGCAGGGGAUGGGAAGAAGCCGUCCAUUGCUGCUGUGGUUGGCAGUAUGGAUGGCCACCCCAGCCGGUAUUGUGCCACAGUUCGAGUGCAGACUUCCCGGCAGGAGAUCUCCCAGGAGCUUCUGUAUAGUCAGGAGGUCAUCCAGGACCUUACUAACAUGGUUCGAGAACUACUGAUCCAGUUCUACAAAUCCACCCGCUUCAAACCCACUCGGAUCAUCUAUUACCGUGGAGGGGUAUCGGAGGGACAGAUGAAACAGGUAGCUUGGCCAGAACUAAUAGCAAUUCGAAAGGCAUGUAUUAGCUUGGAGGAAGAUUACCGGCCAGGAAUAACAUACAUUGUGGUGCAAAAAAGACAUCACACAAGACUCUUCUGUGCAGAUAAAACAGAAAGGGUGGGGAAAAGUGGCAAUGUACCAGCAGGCACUACAGUGGAUAGCACCAUCACACAUCCCUCUGAGUUUGACUUUUACCUCUGUAGUCAUGCAGGAAUUCAGGGAACCAGCCGUCCUUCACAUUACCAGGUCUUGUGGGAUGACAACUGCUUCACUGCAGAUGAGCUCCAGCUACUGACUUACCAGCUGUGUCAUACCUAUGUGAGGUGCACACGCUCAGUCUCUAUUCCAGCCCCUGCAUAUUAUGCCCGGCUCGUAGCAUUUAGGGCACGGUAUCAUCUGGUGGAUAAAGAUCAUGACAGUGCGGAAGGCAGUCAUGUGUCAGGACAGAGCAAUGGCCGGGAUCCUCAGGCCUUGGCUAAGGCUGUACAGAUCCACCAUGAUACCCAGCACACGAUGUAUUUUGCCUGAGAGUCUCAGAAAAAGAACUCAACCACUUUGGCACCCCAUGCAGCCUCAAAAUGUUUCAAAUGCCUACCGCCUCUAGAGCCAAGUUGACUUCAGGUGGUCUUCUACCAGCAGCUCGGAAUAGUUGCACUGAAUCUAUACUUUGCAGCACUGUCUGAUGCAUCAACAAAAUUGAGCCAUUUUUUUAAAGUAAUAGAUACUCAUAAAUUAUCUUUUCUGAUGCACUGGACUGAAUUUUUACCUCAAUGUUCAAAGGCUGAUCAGCCUGAACUUUCUAAAAGGACUUUACAAGAAAGGUUUCUACGGAAUAUUUUGCUAGCUGUGGUGUUCACCGCAUCCCUCUAGUCUUAUAAGAGAAGAUUAUUCCUUUUUUCUGUGUUCAUUGAGUGGGGUGUAUGCAUAAGUGGGAGAGAAAAACCAAACAAUCUACUUCAGUUCAGUGUAACUAUUUAAUUGUGUGGGUCCAUAGACUUUUUUAAUGAAGAUUUCUGACUUUGCCACUGUAAAUGCCUUUAACGAGCAUUAAUUUUUUAAAGUUUUACAGAGUUUUAUUAGUUUUACUACUUUAUCUUAUUGAUCUCUGCAGACUUGUGCUGGUGCAAGUACAGGCUGCCAGGCAAUUGCACUAUAUUUGGCUGCAGAUUCACAUAGGCAGUUCUCUUAUUUGGUUGACUUUUGUGAAUGUGUGACAUAAACAAAUGUAAUGCAUGUCACAGUGACAGAUAACACUGCCAUGGCAAAAGUACUCAUGUUUUCCCCUAUUUGGAAAAAAAAAAAAAUUAGCUUUUAGUAUUUUUCCAAGUUUUCAAAAAGUGCCCAUUUUAUGCUGCUGUGUGGUUUGUUAGAUCUAAAUGAUUUUUAAACUUUUCUCAUAGAAAGUUAACUUUGGCAAUAAACAUUUUUUAAGGUCCCUCCUCUUCCCCAACAAUGUAGUUUUCUAGAUGAGAUUUCAGUAUGAUUUUAUCAGCUAUUUCUUAUAUAUCAUAACCUGGCAAUUUCUGAAACUGGUCAGAAAAGACAUAUAUUUCCAUGCCUUUUUAAAGAAUUGUUUUUACCUAUUUUAUAGUCACGAUUGAUGUCCUGUCACUUUGUUUUAAAAUAAGCUAGAACCAGGAUGCUUCCUUAUUGGAAAGGCUUCGCCAGUCCUUAAGGUUCAUUGAGUGAUGCUGCAACUUGCAAAAAACUUACCAGCAUUCAAACAUUUUUUUUCCCUGGGAAUCAAGGUUACUCACACAAUUACUUACAGUGCAAAUUUUCGCUUCUCUUUCGAUCUAAAAUGUACUUGGUGGGUUUUCCUUCCUUUUAUUAAACUAAAACUUGUUGGAAAGGUUGAUUUUUCUUAGUAGAUUCUGGAUUCCACUCACAGGGAGAUGGGAUUCCUUUCUUGUCCAGACAAAAGGAGUUGAUCUAAAGCAAGCAUCAGUGAAAAUGUAGGAGAAAAUGUAUUCUGUAUGUAGUGUAGAUAAUACUUUGUGAAUGGACAACAGUUACAUAUAGUCUUGAUAGUUCCAGCCAGUGUUUCCCAGCCCGAAUUUCACUGACUGUAUUCUCUUUCCUGCACUUCAGGAAUGAGGGAGAUGGAAAAGGGGAUAGAAGGCCUAGAGCGAUGCUCCAUGUGGCUGAGGAAGGUACUGGGGAAGGAGACAGGCACAAUAUGCGUACAAACAAUUUUGCUGCCUCUGUCUGGAAACUGUUGGUGGGGAAACACUGGAUCUGAUGGUGAAAGGUGUUUGCUUGAACUCAUUAGCCGGUCCAAAUCUCAUAAACUAGCCUUCUCAAAAUCCCAGCAAUAUAAAGCACUGUUUUUCUUCAGUCGUUUAAACAAGCUUGUAAAUACAA